AUGUCGUUUUCUAAACUUAUGCGAUAUAAUCAGAGAAACAAUAAAACAACAGCUUCCUUGACUGCAGAGAAUGCUUAUUCUGAUAAUUGUGUAUCCUCUGCUCUAGUAAGCGAGCCUGCUAACAGUAGCGUAAGCAUGACUGCAAAGAAGAAGGGGGAGGAGCCAAAUAAAUCAUAUGAUUACAUUUUGUCCUGUUUGCCUCCGGCACGUAGUGUAUUACAGAAUGGUUGUAUUCAAUCUUCAUGGGAUGACGAAAACACAAGCUUGCAAAAAAUAACCACUUCUUGGAUCGAGAAAAUUGACACAGAGAUGCCCAAUAAUAUAUCUAGAAUUGAUUCAAACAUUAUUUCCUCUCCUAUGGUAAGUAAAGUUGAGGAGAGGUUCAUUGUUCCAAGAGGUAAACUGAGAAAGAAUUCCAUGGAUUUUGCGUUUUCUUUUUCGAACUCAUUAAGUUUUCAUAAGAGUUGUAGCAAAUUCGUUUCUUUCACAUCUAAGAAGCAUAAUAAUGAUGAAAAAAGGCGCCAAUCUAAUGACAUCUGCAAUUUUACGGAUGACAAUAGUCAUCCUUCGAGCAGUGUUCACAAUAUCCCAGUCACAACAGCCACAAUGGUACGCAAUGAAAUUGCCACAGCCUCAUCAGAACAUGAAUAUGAGCUCAAUGAGCACGAUGGUAUGUUCACUACCCAUGUAUAUUCCCUAGGGGAUUCAAUCUCUUCCCUUUCCACUAAUCCUCUCGAUGACGCAUACUCAGAAGCUCUUCAAAUAAAUACAAUACAUAUCGAGAAUGCUGGGAACGCAGCUCAUCCAAGAAAGCGCUCUUAUGCGACUUCGUUCUCGAGUAUCAAGAGGCUUUUCAAAAUAACAUCAUUGAGCAAUUACAAACAUGGCCCAUAUGAUCACCAGAUAAACAAAAUUGCGGAUGACUGUGCAAUUGCAUCAUCAUUAAGCGAAACAACUUCUUCCUGCGCAUCAACUGCAUCACCUUCUGCCAUGUGUGAAGAGGAAGACAACGAUGAAGAUCAGAUUAUUCAAACUUUAUAUACCAACAUUGAAGCAUCCACAGAUUUGGUUUCCAGGAAAUAUAAGGACCUCAACGUUGUUCUCGGUGAAGGUUCAGGCGGCAUAGUAAAACUGGUAAAAAGAGUCCUGGAUAACAAAAAAUUCGCAUUAAAGGAAUACAGGUUCAAAAAAAAAAAAGAAUCCGAGAGAGAAUAUAUCAAGAAAAUAGUAUCCGAAUAUUGUAUUGCAUCCACUUUGAAAAACACAAAUAUUUGUGAAACUUUAGAAAUACUAUAUGAAAAUGGUAAAAUUUUCCAAAUUCUUGAAUAUUGCGAAUAUGAUUUAUUUGCGUUGGUUAUGAGUGAAAAAAUGCAAUAUGACGAAAUAUGCUGUCUUUUCAAGCAGCUGAUUAAUGGCGUAAAAUACUUGCACGACAUCGGUCUCUCUCAUCGUGAUUUGAAGCUAGAUAACUGUGUCGUGACACAAAAGGGAAUUUUAAAGUUAAUCGACUUUGGCGCUUCCAGUGUGUUCCACUAUCCCUUGUCGUCACAUUUGAUUGAAGCAAAUGGAAUCGUCGGUAGCGACCCCUACCUAUCGCCAGAGGUAUUUUAUUUUGAAGAGUACGAUCCAAGAGCACUCGACGUUUGGUCCAUCGGAAUAAUUUUCUUUUGCAUGAUAACUAGAAAAUUCCCUUGGAAGUACCCCAAAUUAAAAGAUGAGCAAUUCAAAGCAUUUUGUUCCGGGAGAGGUGUGUCAUAUUUCAAAGACCUAGUGACAAGUCCCGCUACUGAUUAUAACAAUCAGUAUGAUGAUGUUUACAAAGAGCAAGUCAUCGACAUGGGCCCCAAUUUCCUUUUGCACCGACUUCCUGAAGAGAGUCACACAAUAAUGAGUCGUAUACUAGAAAUUUCACCUUUCAAAAGAACUACCAUAAACGAAAUAUUACAAGAUGAUUGGGUCAAAGAAAUAGAAAUAUGCCAGGUUGUGAGCGCGGCGGGCUUAGAUGAGGCAUCGCCUCGAAUUAUAAACAAAGAUGAUCAUGUUCAUACAAACAUCGAUCAGCAAUACGCUCAUAUCGGCGGCCUGCAUCAGUAA